UCGUGGUGCGUGGUAGACGGAUGAGUAGUGAAUAACCGCCGAGAAAACCGGAGUCAAGUCGAAGUUGUAGCAACAGCUGAAAGUCUCGAGUACUCAGAACUCAGGAACCAACUGCAGCUGUAUUCUUAAUCUGCACAUCCCGUCGAUUCAGUAUCUGUGCGCAUCCCGUCUUUGAUAGCCUUGCUGUGAGUGUGUUUGUGCGUGUGUGACUGUGACUGUGCCUGUGCCUGUGCGUGUUGGCCAGUUGAAUUCGGGCCCGUCAAACUGGGAGCGACAACCUAAUCAAUCAGUCACUCAAUAUGGCCAGUAUUUCUAAGAGCCGCGUUAGCAGCUGCUCCUCCAGAAAGAGGCUGCAUCUUCAACUGGGAUCGCUUCUCUGCGUGAUCGUCUUCUGCCUGCUGGCUUCGUGCUCGGCUCAGCCAAUCGAGUCAACCUCUUUGCCUGCAGAAGUAGAUGAUGUGGAAGUCACCACAAUACUUCCAAUCCAGUUGGAGACUAGUUCACCAACACCAGAAACAACUAUCAAGAAUGAAACAGCUCCUACUCCUUCCGUCGAGGAACCUAAAGUAGCAGAAUCUAAUCCUGUAGAUCAUGUUGAGGCUACAGACAACUUUGUAUCGGUUUACGGCGGAAAUCUGGAGCAGGAUAUCAAGAAUGACGUGAACAGCGAGGUGGAAGAUGCUCCUUCUCCGGUCGAACCAAUCAUCGAGGAUGUUCAGAAGGCUGCGGAAGCUGCGCUUGAAAAUCAUGAAAUUAAAAUUGCAGUUCAAAGUGCUCGCGAGCCCAAAACCCUUGAUGCUGAAGAGGACUCAAAGCCUAUAGAAGAAGAUCGGUUGAAGCAUCAAGAGGAACCGGAGGCAGUAACGGAUAACAUUGCCGUUUCCAGUGAGCAGCUGGAGAGCCACAUCAAACCAUUACCCAGCGUGACCAGUGACUUGGUUUCCGUGAUUCUCAACGAAGAUAAAGCCAUCACUGAGCAACCUAUCACCAAAACCAACCUUCUGGCCUUGGAGCAGGAGCACGAUAAAUUCGAGGGCGAUGAAAGUACUACGGUGCCAGUAUACGAGGAGCCCAAGCACCAAGUGACCAAGAAACAAGGCGUGGAGGACCCAUCUCCCGUUGAAAUUGCGCCUGAGGUGUCCGAGGAACACCAACUGAAUCCCUCCGAAGAACCCCAGACUCUUCGCAAUGAACGUAAGUUCGAAGAGCACGACGACAAUCUGAAUGAGAUCAAUGAAAACACCAUUGAAGGUGAGGAGGCUCCAUCCAAAACGUCAACGACGGCAGCUCCUUUGGUCAACGUAGAACCCACUGAAUCACGUACCGAGUCCAAUGAGGAGAUCGAGAAAAAGGCGGAAGCUGAGGCCAAGGCGGAAAUGGAGGAGCAAGUGGAGGUCAACACUCCUUCGGUAGAGGCAACUGUGGAGGCAGCCGAUCCUGAUGAUGCACAACAUGAAGUAAAGCUUGCUGAAACAACAGUAGAAGCUAUCACAGAAGCUGCCAAGAUUGUUGAGGAGCAGGAAAUCAAGGAAAAUGUUUCAGUUCAACAGGGUCAUCUAAAGGAACAUACAGUCCAGGAUGCUUCUGAGGCCAACCGUGAAGCAAAUCCCACCGAGGAAGCAAUCAAAGAAGAGAUCUUUUCGAAAGGAGAUGAUGAAUCCACGGUAGGGUGGGAUGGCUCUGAAUUUGAUGAAAAACAAACUGAGAACGCAGUAGUAGAUGACGACUCCUCGGAGGAGCAAAACGAGCCCGUUGUGGAUGAGACAAAGACCUCUUCCGACGACAGCACCGCCACUCCGCUGGUCUCCUAUCCACCACACGAUGCUGGCCAGACCUUCGAUAGCAACUCGGCUGAUGAGCACUCGGCCCAGCUGUCCGGCGCCACCAAUUACCGGUCCACCAUGAUCAUUGUCCUGUGCUCCGGCACCGCUGUGAUCUUCAUCGUGACUUCGCUGGUCAUCUUCGUGGUUUCUUUCCAACGGCAGCACGGCACUUUGGACAUUGAGAUGCAGGAACAGCGAUUGGGCAAGGAUGUUCAGGAUGAGGACAAUGUCCAGAUGAAGCUGCUCGAUGUCGAUCUCUCGUCGCCCGUCAUUCUGCCGAUGGGCAACGAGGAGACCGAUGAAUGCCUGUAGACUCUCUCAGCGCCGUGAUGCCUACACCAUGGUGCCCUGUAAAUAUUUAUAAACUCUGAGAUUUCGAUGAAGACUUCGGACAGCUUCUUUGGCCGGCUGGUCAUUUUGGUUUCUAAAUUGU